GCCCCGUGACGUCACUUCCGCGCGCUGCCCCGGAUGUUGUUGCCACGGCCGCGGCCGCAGGACGGGCACGGGCGCGGCGCGGCUCCGGAUCCCCCCCGAAAACCGCGCACCGUCCGGCCGGGGGGCGCGGCGUGACGUCAGCACGGUGACGUAACAGCAGCCCCCCGCUUCCCCGGCUCGGGGGGCGGCGGCGGCGGCGGCGAAACCCCCCCGGACCCCGAGCCCCCCCCGACCCCGCCCCAACAUGGCGGCGGCGGCGGGGGGCGGGGCCUCGCCGGGCGGCGGGGGCGGGGCCGCGCUGGAGGAGGAGUGCGAGGUUGUGCGCGUGCGCGUCAAGAAGAACGAGGGGCAGCAGCCGCCCGAGUUCCGCUCGUUCGCCGUGGACCCGCAGAUCACGUCGCUGGACGUGCUGCAGCACAUCCUGGCCCGGGCCUUCGACCUGCAGGGGAAGAAAAGCUUCGCUCUGAGCUUCGCAGCGCGGGACGGGCAGGGCCAGGACACCUUUGUGCCUCUGCUGAGCGACGGUGACCUGGCCAACGCCUUCACCUGUGCCAAGCCCACCCUGAGGCUGCGCCUGGACGUCAGGAACCCCCCUGACAGCCCGCUGCUGGAGGACUGGGACAUCAUCAGCCCGCGGGAGGUGGCGGCGGCCGAGCCGCUCCCCGAGCGCCGCUCGCUGCUGGCGGCAGCGCUGCCCUUCACCCAGGCUCUGCUGGCACAGGUGAGCACACCUGGCACGGGUGAGCACACCUGGCACGGCCCGCCCCCGCCCUGCGCCCCCCUGAGCGACGCCGACCUGAGGGCGUACCUGGGCCCAGGUGGGCGCCUGCUGCGGCCCCAGGAGCUGCGGCUGCACGUCUUCCACGGCGGCGUCGAGCCCGGCCUGCGCAAGGUGGUGUGGCGUUACCUGCUGAACGUGUUCCCCGCCGGCCUGACGGGCCAGGAGCGCCUGUCCCACCUGCGCCUCAAGGCGGCCGAGUACUCCUCGCUGAAGGCGGCGCUGGCGGCGCGCGCGGCGCCGGCCGAGCUGGCGCAGGUGGCCGCGGCGGUGCGCAAGGACGUGGUGCGCACGGACCGCGCCCACCCCUACUUCGGCGGCCCCGAGGAGGGCCACCCUCACCUGGCGGCGCUGCAGGCGCUGCUCACCACCUUCGCGCUGGGCCACCCGCGCCUCUCCUACUGCCAGGGCAUGUCGGACGUGGCGGCGCCGCUGCUGGCCGUGCUGGACGACGAGGCGCAGGCCUUCCUGUGCUUCUGCUCGCUGAUGCGCCGCCUGGCGCCGCGCUUCCGCCCCGGCGGCCGCGGGCUGGCGCGGGCCUUCGGCCACCUGCGGCGGCUGCUGCGGCGCGCCGACCCCCCGUUCUGGGCCUUCCUGGCGGCGCGCGGCGCCCACGACCUGCUCUUCUGCUACCGCUGGCUGCUGCUGGAGCUGAAGCGCGAGUUCGCCUUCGAGGACGCGCUCAAGGUGCUGGAGAUCACCUGGAGCUCGCUGCCCCCCGCGCCGCCGCCGCCCCCCGAGGGGGUGCCGCUGCUCGGAGCCCCCCUGGGGGCGCGCAGGGCCGGCCGGGGGCUGAGGGAGCGCCGGGGGCUGCGGCCGCGGCCGCCCCGCAGGAGGAGGAGGAGGAGGAACGUGGAGGAACGGGGAGGAGAAGGUGCCGGAGGGGCCGCGGAGGGUUCUGGUGGUGGCUUUGGGGGUCUCAAGGGUUCCAGUGAUGGCCCUGAGGGUCCCACGAGCCCCAGUGGUGUCCCGGGUGGUCCCACGAGCUCCACGGAUGUCCUGGAGGGUCCCACGAGCUCCAGUGAUAUCACAGGUGGUCCCACAAGCUCCAGUGAUGUCCCGGGUGGUCCCACGAGCUCCAGUGGUGGCCCUGGGGGUCUCAAGACUUCCAGUGAUGGCCCAGAGGGUCCCAAGAGCUCCGGAGAUGUCCCCAACAGUCCCGAGAUCUCCAGCGAGGUCUUGGAGAGUCCCAAGAGCUUCAGUGAUGUUCUAGAAGGAUCCAAGGGCAUCCAGGAGGGUCCCAAGAGCUCCAGCGAUGUCCCUGAUGGUCCCAGGGACAGCCAGGAGGGUCCCAAGAGCUUUAAGAACAUUCAGGAAGGUCUUGAGAACUCCAGCGAUGUCCCCAGAGGUCACAAGAGCUCCAGCAAUGUCCCCAAAGGUCACAAGAGCUCCAGGAAGGUCCAGGGGAGACCCCCCAGGGAUGCUGGAGGAGCCCCCGAGGGCUCCAAGGACUCGGAGCCAGGUGGCCCCAGGAAGGUGGAGGAAGGCACCGACGCCCUGGAGAUGGACCAGAGACCCCACAGCCUCUGCUGGGCGGCUGGAGAAGACCCCAAGAAAGGACGGGAUGGCCCCAGAGAGGGACAUGACCCAGGAGAAGGACGAGAUGACCCCAAAGAGGGACUUGAUGACCUGGGAGAAGGUGGAGAUGAUCGUGGGAUGAAUCGUGAUGACCUCAGGAAGGCUCACGAUGAUCUCAGAGAAGGACACAGCUUGGGAGAAGGCCACAACAACCCCAGGGAUGGCCACCGUGACCCCAGGGAUGGCCGUGAUGACCUCAGGAAUGGCCCCAAGGAAGGACAUGAUGACCCCAAGGACACCCACGAUGACCUCAAACACGGCCACCACGACCCCAAGGAAGAACACGACGACACCAAACACGGCCACCGCGACCUUGAUGACGACCACCACGACCCCAAGACCACCCGCAACAGCCCAACCACCCCCGAAGACCCUUGGGGCGGCCGUUGGGCUUGGGAAGAGCCUUCCUCCAGCUCCUCCUCCUCCUCCUCGUGCUCCUCGGGCUCGUCCUCCUCGGACGAGGAGGUGACGGUGGAGGACGACGGCGCGCCGCUGCCGCCGCCGGAGGAGCUGGGCCAGGGGAACCCCUUCCUGCUCUUCGUGUGCCUGGCCAUGCUGCUGGAGCAGCGCGACGCCGUCAUGGCGCGGGCGGGCGACUACAACGAGGUGGCCAUGCACUUCGACCGCCUGGUGCGCCGCCACCACCUGCCGCGCGUCCUGCGCCGCGCCAAGGGGCUCUUCGCCAGGUACCUGGAGGGCUGGGGCGCCGCCGCGCCGGGGGGACCCCCGGCGGGACCUCCCUCGGGGUAGGGGGGCACUCGGCAGCGCCGGCGGGGCGGGGGGUGCGGGGGAGAGAGGGUGGGAGUGAAAGGGCUGCCGUGGGGAGUCUGUAGGGUGA